AAGCGCGCGUGAAAGGCAACGUGAUGAUUGUGGCGCAUUGGAUCUUUAAACAGUCGGUGCCAAACGCAGAAAAGGAAAGAAUCGAAAGGAGGAGGGAGAUCACGCAUUUACCCCUGCUGACUCUCCAUUUGACAGAAGCCAAUGCAGAGAGGCGCACUCAGAUCACCACAGACAACCUUCUGAGAAAAAACGCCGCAUGAAAUCCCACUUAUUAUAUAGGCUACACAACUCGUUUGUCUUUCUUUUUCCUCUGGACAAUUUUACGCACUCCAGAAGACUAAAGAAAACGCCGCAGAGAUGAGUGUUGCGCGGUCUGGUGUGCUUCUGAAGGAUUCCCGCUCCUGAUAUAGGGACCAAAGAGGACAAAACGAGGCUUUUUUUUCUCCCUAAAGAAGAUCGCAAAUGUGGAGCGAUUAGAGAAGGGCUGAUGAAGGGACUAUUAAUCCUUUCAGUGCAUCAAAAGCACCAAGGGGCAUUAGAAGCGUUUGGAUGGAAAUCGGAACUGUUUUUGGUUUUAUAUGAAACUGGUGAUUAAUUCUUAUGAGUUUUUUUUUCUUCUCUUCAACUUCACAGAUUUAAGGAGGGUUUUUUUUUUCUUUCUUUCUUCCGGUAAGAGGUUUUAUAAAAGUGUGAAUUAGCAAGAAAAAUCCUUCUCAUCUUUGACUUUUUUUUCUUCAAGUAUUUCUAAAUCUAAAUGGAAUUAGUUGAGUGUGAAGCCGUUUGUGAAAGAAACAGACAUGGUGCAUGGGCACAGCUUCCUUCACGUUGUGGCAAGUCUACUCAUACUCGGGUUGUCUGGGGCAACAAAAAAGGAUACGGCUACAGUGAGAAACAAUUCUGGAGUAAAGCCUGCAGGUCAGUGUGGAGCGUGGGUAAAAGAAGCAGAAGGAGGACUCUUCACCUCCCCCAAUUACCCAAACAAAUACCCCCCCAACACAGAGUGCGUUUAUAUCCUUGAAGCUCCCCCAAGACAGUGCAUUGAUCUACACUUCGAGGACAGUUAUUCCAUUGAGUCCUCUUGGGAAUGUAAAUUCGACAACAUUGAGGUUCGCGAUGGACCGUUUGGCUUCUCCCCGAUACUUGGGCGGUACUGCGGUCAGCACAGCCCACCAGAUAUCAAGAGCAGUGGCCGAUACCUGUGGAUAAAAUUUGUGACCGAUGGAGAAUUGGAAGGGGUGGGAUUUUCAGCAAGUUACAACUUCACAGCAGAUCCCGACUUUGCUGAUUUGGGAGUACCCCCACCUCUGCCCUCCUGUCAGUAUGACAUGGUUGGUCCAGAAGGUAUCAUUGAGUCCCAUCAGAUCACCAGAGACGGGAAAGCUGGUGCCACUGAGGCUGUCGACUGUAAAUGGUACAUCCGUGCUCCACCCCGUUCCAAGAUCUAUCUGCGUUUUCUGGACUAUGAAAUGGCAAACUCCAAUGAAUGCAAGCGCAACUUUGUAGCAGUGUAUGACGGAGGAAGCUCUGUGGAAGACCUGAAGAGCAAGUUCUGCUCCACAGUGGCCAACGACAUCAUGCUGGUCUCCACGCUGGGAGUUAUCCGGAUGUGGGCAGACGAGCUCAGCCGCAAGAGCCGCUUCCGCAUCCUUUUCACAACCUACCAAGAACCUCCAUGUGAUGCUGAUGCCUUCUUUUGUCACAGCAACAUGUGCAUAAACUACACUCUGGUGUGCAAUGGCAUACAGAACUGUGUCUACCCCUGGGAUGAGAAUCAAUGCAAAGAGAAAACUAAUACCAAAUUCCUGGACAAUCUGAAUUCCACAAAUGGGGCCAUAAUUGGUGUGACUUGCUGCAUCGUCUUCAUCCUCCUCAUUGUCUCAGUAAUUGUUCAGAUAAAGCAGCCGCGUAAAAAGUACAUCUUGCGACGAGAAGACUUCGACCCCACCAUGUUUCAGGAGGUCUUCGAGCCCCCUCACUAUGAGCUAUGUACUUUACGGAGUGCUGCCACACCCACAGCAGCCUCUGCAGAUUUGGUUGACUUGGCGGAGGACUUCGAAAACUAUCAUGCCCUCCGCCAGGCCUCCUCCCGCUGCAUCCAUGACCACCACUGUGGCUCCCCCUCCUGCCCUGGAUCCGCACACAUAUCGCAGCUAUCGCUCAGCGGGCGAGGGAGCCGGAGUAACUUAAGUGCCCGUGACUCAGGGGCCGCGGCAGCUCUGCUCGCAGACCUUCCACAGCCUCCCAUGACUGUGCGGCCGCUGCUGCCAGCCACAGGGAACCGCAGGAGCAUCUUAGUCAUGAAGCACAGCUACUCGCAAGAGGCGGCAGACAAUGGGUGCGACCUGGACGAUGACCUGGAAGAAGUUCCCACGACGAGCCACCGACUGUCGCGCCACGAAAAGGCAGUACAGCGACUUCUUGAGAAUAGUGCUAUCCUGGAACAGUACGAACGGGCGUCACUGACACAUGACAAAGCGGAGCGGAGAUUUACACCAGCAUGAUGCUGAUGAUGAUGAUGAGGGGAUACUUUAAUGAAAUGGAUACUGGAGGUGUAUUCAUGGGCAAAGAUAACAAAGGACUAGAUGGAAAUACUCUAGCCACAAUGUUGUAAAGGAUGGAUAUCUGAAAAACAGUCCUCUCUGCUGCUGGUGCAGUUUUUUGACUUUUAUAGAAGGAAUACAGUUCAAGGACCUCUGUUUGGGCUGUGAAACAUCUGUGUCAUUAACAUAACUUCCUUCUGACCACAAAAGACGUUUGAUUGAACAUGUCUAAGUUAAUUUUUCAGCAUGUCUUUUUUCAGUCAAUGGCAUACAUGUUAUGAUUUUCACAACAAAUUACACAGGCUUGCAAUUGGUCUAUUCUCUUUGAAUUUAACACUACAUAUUAGUAAACUAAUUUUUUAUUGUGAUUUUAUGAAAGCUUGGUUUUAUGUUGGAUAAUCUAAGGUAGAGGUGUGUGGUUUGUGCAUGCUCUUUUAUUUUCCAUUAAACCAUUAAGAUACUAACAUUAAAAUUUAAAAAAGAAACACUUAUUCAUACACAGUAUGACCUUUAGAUGCUAUUUAAAUAGCACUCACAAAUGUGUCAAAUGCAUUGCAUGGUGUGUGGUUAAAUCACUACACGGCGUUCUUCAAUCAUAUUUUCACAAUCUAAUUUGAGUUUGAUGUUGCUGUCUUUUGAUAUGUUGACUAACGUUUUGACUUAAACUUUCACUUUAAAAUUUGCCUUUUUGACAAAUAUUUAAGUCUGACUCACUUCUCUUCUACUGAAGCUCAAUAUCUUUGUAUGAAAAGAGACUUUUAUAAUAGGAAAAAAAUUAAGUGACAGUUUCUACAUUGUUCAACUUAUCUUUCAGGGCUUAUUUUGCCAAUGCUUUUUAAAAUAAAUGUAAUACUUAAGCUUUUUUUUUUUGAUUCAUUAGAUGUUAAUCAGUUCCUUCAUGUGUCCACUAAGCUUGUCCUCGGAUUGUUGAACAAACCAUUAAUAUCUCAAAAUCCUAGACUUUUUAUUAAUAUCGGUACAAGAUUUAGUUGUGACAUAAUUAUUUAAUAUUGUGUGUUUCUUUUGAUUGAAAGUAAGGUUAACAUUUUGAGGGUGUCAAAGAAUCUGGUCAUUUAUGGAAGGAGCUAAAGAUUACAGUGAUAUCAAACACUUGGAUCUCAUCAUCAAAUGUAAACUAUAUAAAUAUUAGUCAAAACUGUUUCAUAUUAUGUCAUCUAUUUGGGUGUAUCUGAACUUCUGCAGAACUAAAACGAUAAAGAGGAAUGCUUUGUACAACAUAAAUUAUCAAAUAAUGCAUCUCUGUUUGGCUUAGUGCCUCCUGGAAAGAUGGAGCGUGUCAAAUUUAUUCUGUCACUGAACAAAAUAUGUUCAAAUCACUUGUGUGUCAACUACUUCAUAUCAAAGUGACAAAAUCGUGAUCAGAGAAGAGGGAGCAUUUGGAUAGCUUAGCUUGUAUGAGGUUAAGGUUUUUUAAUGUGAGUGUUAUUUUAUUGCAGUAAUAUUUUUGAAUAGCACAUGCAUUUAUUUCAAUGCCAAUGACAUUAAAUUGCAAUGCACAUGCAAUUUAAUGAAUGUGCGUUCCAUGGUAUUUUUUGAAAUGCCUAAGAAAAUUGUUUCAGCCUGGCUCUGCUAGGGAUUAAAUUAUAUAUAGUACAGCAUCAGAUACAUAUAAAAUUGAUGCCUGAGCAUAUUUUUUUUUAAACUAGGUUUCUUUGUAAGCCAUUGAACCACAAUGCAGCUACUCAAGUUUCAAAAAAAUAUACAUGUUUACAUAGCAAGCAUGAAAACAGCAUAUUGGGUGAUAUUGACAAGUUCUGCUUCUAAAACAACAAUUAAGUAUUUAUGUGUCAUUUACCUAAUUUUAAAAUGAUCUGAGGACCAGAACAUUUUUGUAAUCAUAUUGUUUAUGUUUUUUUUCUUGUAUGUAAACAUUUAAUGAUGAAAUAGGGUGUACUUUCAUUAUCACAUGUCUACAAAAAAGAACAGUCUAGCUAUCCAAAUAGCUGGAAUAGUUCUGUAAGAAAACUAACAGAUAAAAAUGGUUUGUGUUUACAGUCAUGAGGAUUAUCAAAAUGAUUUACACAUUCAUUAAUUAUAAUUAUAUCCUGGUCAUCAUUAUGAAAUCAAUGUUACACAUUGAGCUUUAACAGGCAGUAGUUGGUGUUUAAUUGAACAUGUAUCAGUCACAGUCCAAGAUGGAAAAAAUAAAUUAGUUGCAGCAGUUGUUUUUAGAUGGCUCCAUUAAGUGCUAAAACACACAAUAAAAUUUAUUAUUUUAAUGUAAUUCUUUCUAAAAAGCUAAAUACCAAAUUUGUGAACACUGUUGACUUAAAACUAUUUUGUAUGACAUAACAUGGCUUUGCUCUUAGGCUGAAGUAAUAAAUUUGACUCUGGUCUUUCCAAAACAUGAAUCUUUUUUUCUGUUGUUUUCCGUAUAUUCUGUCAGUAAUUUGAAUGGAUUUGUGUAGUUUAAUUUUUUUUCAUUUGGCAUGACUUAAUCUUUCUUAAACCCAGUAUAUGGUUUGCUGCCCCAACAUUCACCUAAAUGUUUUUGGAGCACAAAACUUAAUUUCAAGAGGUUUAAGAUAUAAAAUGCCAACUUUACUGUUUGCCCGACAUCAGAGCUGUAAGAUUUAGGCUGCCCUGGCAUGAAUAAUGCAUUAGAGUAACUGUUUUACACUCCAAAUUUCCCAAACCUCACAAUCCCACUCACACACAUUUCCCCAACAAGGACCAUUUUGCUAAAAGCAGUCUAAUUUAUUAUAUCAGAUAUGAAUUAAUGAUUAACUAUACAGAUAAUGAUCUCUCAAAUAUUUUUCUCCCGGUUUAAUGACUUAUUACAUUUUGAGAUUUACAUGAUCAUAUUCCUGUCUAGAUAAAAAGACAGGAAUAUAUGUUUAACACUUAUUUACAAAAAUAGAUUCCAAAAAUAUUCAGCCAACAACUCCCUUAUCGGACUUCUAAUUAUGCAAUCUACUGCUCCGCAGACAAUGAACAAUCAAGAAUCAAAUCGACUAACUAAUGAACUAUAAUUAAGGGAUUGAGUACUGAAAUAUACUUCAAGAAUAAUGAGCUAAUUACAAACAUAUGUGAGCAAAACAUGAGGGAAGACGAGGAGAAAGAAAAGGGGGAGGUGAAGAUGUCAAGCUUCGAGGCAAGAAAACCUCUUGCGCAAAAAGCAAUAAAUCUUAAACGUUUGGCCUCGCUUAGCCUUUAGAGCUACACAAAAUGUACAAAACGUGUGUGUGUCUUCUUAGGAGGAUUUUACCACCGCCAUUUUAUCUCUGCAGCUAGUGAUGAGUUUAUUACGGAAGAGGAUUAGGGCCACUGGAAAAAAAAUAAAUGAAACAGUUCUGAUUUUAAUCUCAGAAUUCUGAGAAAAUAAUUAAAUUAAUUUAAUUAUUUAAAUAAAUUUUAAAUAUGAUAAUUUGUUAUGAGUUGGUCACAUUUUUGGUAGUGAUAAGUGCAAAAACUAAAUUAGACAGACAUAACUAACAUUCAAUCCACACUCUUUUGUGUACAUUUUUUUCUUAGAGUUUUGUGUAAAUGUGUGGUUUUCGUUUCACUGUAACCACCAUCAACACUAUUUGCUUUUAUUGUUAUUCGUGUGAUGUACUUCAUGCAUGAUUACAUUUGUGCUCUUUGCAUUACAUAAACACAGGGUCAUACACACUGACAAGUACCAAUAAAGUACUUUGUUUCUGUUCAUAAUUUGUAGACUUUUUCUGUUGAUUCUUAGUUCAUAUUCCAACAUCUAAAGAAAAUUCAAAAAGUAUCUAGCACAGCUUGCACAAUUGCUAUGUAACAGAUGCUCAAAUGUACCCACAAAUGUAAAUGCAAACCCAUCUGCCAUUUCUAAGGUGGAAAUGCUACAAUCUCUAAUUGAACAAAUCUGAAACGGCUCAAUCCGAGGCAGGCCAGCAGCAGGUUGGAACGGAACAGGGCCUGGAGCAGAUUUUCAGUAAUAGUGUCUUUAUUUCUCUGCAGAUACAUCAGACAGAUGCAUCAUUCCACUGCAUCUUGCCAAGUUUGACAUCAUUUGGAGCUAAAGUUUCUCCCCUGUGUGCAUCCUCAGUGAUGAACUGUUACCCUAAGUAACUUUACUGCUGUAGAGUGUUGUGAUCAGAAUAUAUUUUUUAAGUUACUGAUAAAGUUUUUUCUUCCGUUUUCUUCUUUGCCUUGGAUGAUAAAAGGUGCAAUUCCCCCUUCCUGUGCAGUUCCACAUCAGGUUGGGCUUGAUGACCAAUGGAGCAACUGAUUUCUGAUAGAAGACAGACUUUUAUUUUAAGUCAAGUACCUUUAAUGUAAAAUUGCUCUUAGGUGAAAAAAGAACAGAAUCAGGUUUAUAAAAACAUUUUUCACAUACACAUACAAAACAUACUGACCAUUGCAUAUUUUCAAUUUUGAUGCCAUGGUAUUGCAGUUGAGAGUCAAAUUCCUUUUAUAUAAAUACAAAUGACAGUUCAGAAUAUGUGACCUAAAACCACAGUAGACUUACAAAUUAAUCUGUUGAUCUUUAAACAUUUAUUUAAUAACACUUCAAUCACACUAUUUUUUUUUUGUUCCUGUCAUACUUAAUUCAAGUUUAACACUUGUUUUUGUUAGUAUUUUUUUUGUUUAUCUAAUUUAGCUUGUAUUUGACAACAACUUAAGAAAA